AACCCUCUGCCGGGCACCGGUGGAGGGAUGCCUGCUCUGUUUGUGAGUGGAAGUCCCAGGAGCUACGUAUUUAGUUUGAGGUUUGCCCGGGUGUUUCUCGGGAGCCUUUGAUCUCCGCGUCUGCAGCUCAAUAGUCACUUCGGGACUCGGUUCUUUGUAUCGCCCUGCCGCCCUCAGCAGGCGCAGGAUCCUGCUCCAGCAGAUCUCAGGCAUCAGUUCUUGUCGGCUUCUUUCUGCCCCGUACUGUCUUGCAAUUACGCUUGAGAACUGCCAGAUCUAUACUGAAUCUUGCAUGUGUAAAGGACUACCUCUUUCUGACCUGGUCGUUAUCCUUGAGAAACUGUUGAAACCUUAAGAAAAUGGUCUAGAAGUAUUUGGAGAGAGAUUAAGAGGUUCAACAAAUAACGUUCUAAUGGAUGACAGAAAAUUUACACGAAAUGAUCUACGAAUAGACUCAAAGAACAGUCGUCCUGCUGACCAUAGGGUGGAAAGUUUGGCAUCUCACUUGGUUUCUUCAGCUGAUGAAAAUGAAAACCAACUUGACAAUGAUGGGAAUGAGGUUCUGAGCAACAGUAGCAUUGCUGUGGGACAACAGGAUAAAGGUGAGCAGGACAGCAUCAAUAAUAAUGAGAAUACAGACAGUGGAGACUGCACCCCAAGCUGUAAGGAAAGUGAGACUGACAGGAGAUCUGUAAAUGUCCAUAUGGACCCCCAGCUGGAGGAAAAGCCUAUUACAGAAAAACAGCCAGGUGGAAAAAGAAGUCCAAGAAGCAAAAGAAGCUCCAGCAAAAAAUCUAAAGGAGUUCCUACAGUAGGAACCACAGCAAUCAAGGAGGAAAAUACUGUUACUACAGACACACAUUCUGUGCGUGUUGAAGGUGCUGUUGAAGCAAACGAAAACUUUCACCAAAAAGAACAAAACCAAAUGCAGUCUCUUUUCUCAUUGCUUCGUGAAGAGGUUGAGCAGAUGGAUUCAAAGAUACUGCCGCUGUGUCUCCAUCAGAUAGCUGAGACCUAUUUUCAAGAGGAGGAAUAUGAGAAGGCAAUGAAGUUCAUUCAGCUUGAACGACUGUAUCAUGAGCAACUUCUUGCAAAUCUUUCUUCCAUACAGGAGCAGUGGGAAAAAAAAUGGAAAACAGCAGUUCCUAGUCCAGUUACAACACUGAGGAAUUCAGCUACAGAACUGAGUGAUGAAGAGCUGGAAAAGCUUACUAGAGUUUGCUCUUCACAUCAACAGCCACAGACAUCCAAAAAUAAGGUAGUAGCUGCAGAAAAUACAUGGGAAAGCAGUUGUUUGCUUCAGUUAAUGGAAUCAAAAAAUGUAAAGGAAAGAGAAGCUGCUGCUUUUAAAUCAGGUUCUGAAACUUGUCCCGGCGUUAGACCAAAGAAAGAAGAUAAACAGCUGAGCACUAGUUCUCCAGGUGAAAACAAAACCGAGAGACAGACAGAGGCAGAAAGCCUUUGGGUAGCUGCAGGAAAGGACCACAUGGAGGAGCAGCACUGCAGUGCUGAAUCAACAUUGGAGCCACACACCCAGUCCACAGGGACAGUGGGCAGGCCUUCUUCAGGCUGUUUAUCAUCUGGGAAUGCCGGUAAAGAUAACAGUUUGCAGCUGAGAGAAAGACAACUCUCUAAGGAUGCAGAAAAAAUAGAAGGCACAGCUGGGGAGCCUGGAGUGAAACUCCCUCUUGAGCCAAUGGUAGAUGCUUUGGUUUUAACAGAUGCUGAUGAUAUGCCUACUGAUUUGGUUCCUACUGAUAAAGAUGAGCAAGCUGAAAGAAAUCUGCUCAGAUCAAAACACACUGCUGGCUCUUCAGAAAUUGCUAGUGGCCAGCUUGGAAAUAGUGAUCUAAAGCAGCAACAGGAACAGCCUGAUGAUGAUGAUGGAGAAUCUUCACGGGACAGAACUGCAUCAAAUGUAUGCUCUGGGUGUAAUAAAGUGUCUGAGCAUGAGCAUACUGCCCAUUCACAAGUAUGCAAGGAAGUACAGAGAACAGCAGGACAGGGGGAGAAGGUAAAUAAUGAAGAACAAGAAGAUCUACUUCUCAGAUUUUUAACUGAUAACAUAAUAGACACUGAAGAAUCAUUUGCAAACUUAGCAAACCAAGAGGAUUUUGACACUGUUCCAGAUAUUUCACCUGAACAAGCAUCUUACAACUCACUGGAAGCUUUAUCACUAGACGACAGCUUUUCUUCUCUCGAUGAACUUGCAAGAAGGAUAGAGAUUGCUGAGAUUGCCCCAGCAGAAGGAUUGGUGUCCAUACUAAAGAAGAGAGAUGACAGGGAAGGAAAAACAAUUGCUCAAGCCCAGCAAAGGCAAACGAAGAGAAGAGUGCGAUUCCAAGAAAUGGAAGACACAUUGGAUCAAGAUGAAGUAGCUGGUGGCUCCUGUAUUUUGCUGAUCCUGCUGUGCAUAGCAUCUGUUUUCCUUAGCAUUGGAGGAACUGCAUUGUACUGCACCUUUGGUGACAAAGAAUCCCCUGUGUGUACUAAUUUUGCAGCCAACAUGGAUUUCUAUUAUACCCAGAUACUGCAGCGUGUGGAAGAACUUAAGCACUGGAUAGCCUUCUCGUAGUUGAAAUGAGUGGAGACAGCACAUUCAGAGCUCACCAGUAACCUGGAGAGGAUAGAAAAACUUCAAGUUCUCUAACACUUGCCACCUGCAAGUGAUGUGUAUUUGGUGAUGUACUUACACUUUUACUUAGAAACAAAAAACCUCCUGGUUUAGCAAUCAGGUGGCAAAAUGUUCUCAUCUUAAGCUGUAGCAGUGUGGUAUGGGAGAACAAAAAUUCUCUUCACUCUUUUGAGAGUAGGCAAGUAGCUUUUCGACAAGUUGAGCAAGUGAAGAAGAAAGAAGAAAAGUCACUGUCUUCUAUGUGCUCUCCCCUUGCCACACGUUGUGUAAGCAAUCUCUGGAAGCUUAGUAGAAGGACAGCUUUAAUUUACAGCUGUUUGUGCAAAGGUGUUGCCUCCAGCUAUCAUGCAAUAAGUCUGUGUUUUAUGGAAACAUUAUUUUUCUUCUAAGUCUUACUAUUUUCCUCCAUUUUAAUUCUCCUGGUGAGCCAUGUCAUUAUUUGGGUGGAGUGAGAAGAGUGCAGUGGCAUUCAUGGAGCCCUCAUUUGGUGGUUAACAGGCUGACCCUGUAUCUUACAGCUUAUGGUGAAUAUCACGAGUGGGAUAAAUCUGCUGGCAGAUUUCACUAAAUUAUCUGGAACUUUACUCCCAGUAUUUGUGUGGGCUGUUUUAGAAAUGGAAGGUUAAAAAAUGAGAUCAUUGGUCUCGCUCAACACAGGAACAAAAGUAAGAUGCUUGGUAAAUUAUUUGCAUUAAACAGUAAAGUGGCUUUGGCCAAUUUUAAAGCACCUGGUAGUGGGUGUGGGGCUAACUGGGUUUUCUGUCCAGCUAUGUCACUGACUUGCAGUAAUCACUUUGUGCCUCAGCUUCUCCUCCAUAAAUGGGGAAUAAUGUUCCUUGCCUUUGUCUGAGAAUUUUUAUUGCAAUUAGGGCUCACGUCUGAUUCAUCCUAGAUGAGUGCACAGGAUCACUGAACUGUGUGGUCGCAGCCUGUCUCAAUGAGGGAACGCUGAUGUAAAGUGGGACUGAUCCAACAGAAGAGAUCCAGAGGCUCGCUGCAGAUCCACGGCAUGUUAGUAGUCUGGGGCACUCGUUCCAACAGAUAAAGCACAUUUGCAUCUAUUUGCCCUGCAGUUCUGAGACCUCUAUUGUAAAAUCUGUUCUUUUUCUAUCAAUCAGCUAUACGAACAAAUUUAAAUCGGUACGAAGAAUCACUUUAAAGGGAUAUUUCUAUCACGCGGUGCUCAGCCCUCCCUGUGUGGUAUGUGAGAGAAACGCUGACAUGGCUGUGUAGGUGAGAAUUAGAAUCGCAAGGCCUUUGGCCCACACUCUGGUCAAAAUGUGGCAACUGUUAUUGCACAGAGCAUAAUGGCCUAGCCCUGCUGAAGGUGCUAGUGCAAAACAGUUACACCUCAGGAAACAGCAUUUUUGAGGGGUUCACUUCACUCCACUCCGUGAUUUCCUGCUUACUAACGUUGUAUGAUGCAGUAUGUUCAGGUUUAGAAUGUUAUUUUGUAAAAUACUAUGAAAUGCAAUCUUCAAGAUAUUGCUCAGAAUUAUAACAUUAAAUGAUCAUGCUUUCUGGCGUUUGCAAGCAAAUUGUCCCUCUAGUGAGCUUGAUUGUUCCUAACGUACUGUUAUACUUAACAGGCUUUAAAAGUGAAAGUUAAAAUCACUUUUUUUUUUUUUUCCUAGAAUAAGUUGCAUGUAUGAUUUCUCUUUUUGCUUUCACUGCAGAGGUUUACUUUAUGUAUACCUUAGGGAGCCUCAUGUGCAGCUUUAUAUUAAACUAGCAAAUCUAAAAUGCCCAAAUUAAUGAAAAAUUUUGCUUUCAGAAUGGAAUUUGAGAACGGUAGUUUGGUAUAUUUUUUGUUUGUUGUCCUCAGACUAUUAUAAUGCUGGGCUAAUCUAAAGGAGAAAGGGAAAGACACUUUUGUAUUUUAAAGUGUUACUGGCUGGUUCAGUUUAUUAUUUGAAGUCUGGCUUUAUUUAUUUAAUUUUUCUUUUAAAGAGAAUAUUAAUUUUCUUUUUUGGUAAUUUACAGAGUAAUUAAAAAGCAUGCAUUCAGUUAAAAUAUGUAUUUAUAGUGACUAUGUACUUAGAAUAUAUUUUGGGUUUCUGUAACAUUGGGUGUUCCAGGAUAUUAAGUUUAUUCCUGAAGAGACAACGGUUGAUUUCAGAUUAAAAAAAUAUUUUUACAUUUUUGUGCACUUCAUCACCAAAAAAGAUCAAGAGGUAGGUAUAGAACUAUUUAUUCAAAAGUAUAUCAUAUAGGGAGAUCAAAGAUCCUCUACUUCUAGGUUCAUUUAAUUAAAACUAUUUUUAAAUAAUUAUUUUAUUUAAAACUGUAAAGCUAUUUAAAGUCAAAGCAAUUUUUAAUAAGCAGCUCAGUUUAAAAUCAGUGGUCCAAAUGCUGGCAUGUGCUAAUUUCUCAGUGCAAAGAACUGCCUACAAGAAGAUCAUGAAGAGGCUGGGCACCACUUUACCAACAUGUACCUGAUGAAAAGUGAGCGGCCAGGCAUUUUGUGUAACUCAGCUAUCUUACACUUGUGUUGUAACUUGGAGCAUCUCUCCAGCCUUCCCACCCUAUGCCAAGGUACCACACCUGCAAAGUCUCUCAGGAUUUGAGGGAGUGGAAGGGUCACAUAUGCACAGGCUGCCCGGCUCCUGAUCUGAGCUGUUCACUGCUCAGUUGCAACCAAGUCAUUGAAUCUGGAUCUAAUGUCUGUCUCCCUUUAUAAAAAGCUGAUGGUAUUAAUUCUUGCUUCAUGGAACAAUUGUUAGUGCAAGUAGUUUGUGUGGGCUGUAGUAGGUUAUCAAACUUGCAGCUACCAACUUAGCAAAACUUGCUUUGUGUUGAACUCCAAAGAGUGUGUGGGUGGGCCUGAUGUUGGCCUUCCUAUGUGCUCUGUUCUCUUUAGAUUGCUGCUGACAUUGCUUCUGCCAGGGUGACCUGAGGGGUUAAGAUCUUACAGUCAGGUAAAUCCAAGCAAAAACAAAUAAGUUGAUUUGACCAGUUAUUCCUCUUGUCUGAGCAUUUUGAGGUAAAAUAAUACUGAGCAAUAGCAAUGAUUGGUGUAAGCAGGAAAAAAACAGAGGAAAAAGGC